CUGUCAUCUGUGAGAAAGAUCAACAAAACAGGCUCGCUAAAGCCCAUCCCAUCCUGAGAUUGUGGACGUUUUGUUAAUUUUUGGUGUAAAAUUUUCCUGGAAUGAUGGGUGCCUCAUUUAAUAUCGACAAUGGAUAUUUGGAGGGUUUGUGCCGAGGAUUUAAGUGUGGAAUAUUGACCCAAACAGACUACUUGAAUUUGGUUCAAUGUGAAACUCUUGAAGAUUUAAAGCUGCAUUUGCAAGGUACAGACUAUGGCAGUUUUCUCGCCAAUGAGCCCAGUCCAUUGGCUGUCUCUGUCAUCGAUGAUAAACUUCGGGAAAAGCUGGUAAUCGAAUUUCAACACAUGCGAAAUCAAGCUGUAGAGCCACUAUCAACAUUCUUGGAUUAUAUCACAUACAGUUACAUGAUUGAUAACAUAAUUUUACUGAUAACUGGCACCCUUCAUCAGCGUCCAAUUUCUGAGUUAAUUCCAAAAUGCCAUCCUCUUGGUAGUUUUGUCCAGAUGGAGGCCAUCACAGUCGCCACAACACCUGCAGAGCUGUACAAUGCUGUUCUUGUCGACACUCCAUUAGCUCCUUUCUUUGUUGACUGCAUCAGUGAACAAGAUUUGGAUGAGAUGAACAUUGAAAUCAUCCGAAACACAUUGUACAAAGCGUACUUAGAGGCCUUCUAUGAAUUCUGUAAGAAGCUUGGAGGAACAACAGCAGAUACCAUGUGUGAAAUUUUAUCAUUUGAAGCUGACCGGCGUGCUAUCAUCAUUACCAUCAAUUCUUUCGGUACGGAGUUGACAAAAGACGACAGAGCCAAGCUCUACCCUCGCUGUGGAAAGCUACAUCCAGAUGGAUUGGCUGCCUUAGCUCGAGCAGAUGAUUAUGAGCAAGUGAAGGCAGUGGCUGAAUACUACGCAGAGUACAGUGCUCUUUUUGUAAGCGUUGGUAACAAUCCUGGAGAAAAAACUUUGGAAGACCGUUUCUUUGAGCAUGAAGUGAAGCUCAAUGUUUUUGCAUUCCUUCAACAAUUCCAUUUCGGUGUUUUCUACUCAUAUUUGAAAUUGAAGGAACAGGAGUGCCGAAACAUUGUUUGGAUAGCAGAAUGUGUGGCUCAAAAACACCGCGCUAAAAUCGACAACUAUAUUCCCAUCUUUUAAAACUUCAUUCCACCUUCGUAUUCUUUCGAUUAAGAUACCUUCUUUUUCCAGAUAUGUACCCAGAAGUAUUGUGUCUUUUUUUUAUAAUGAUAGAGGUAAGAAUAAUGAUCCUCUGCUGAAUUAUUGGUGCAUUUACCGGGAUAAGAAAUUUUUCCAUGUUUGCAUGUAGUUUCUGAUUUUGUGAGAUAUUAUUAGGAAACUUUUCAACUUUAGAAGGAAGCUACAUUCAAAACUUGAUGAUCAAGUUAAGUAACUGUAAAAAUUCAUCAGAUAUGUCGCUACUCCAUGGUAUUUCUUUUAAGUAGAUAAUUUUCUUGCAAAAAUGUUGUCAAGUUUAUUUCAAGAAAGGUCUGGCAAUCAAGAACUGUUUGGGAUAGCUUUAAACAGAAUCGUUUAGAACUAACCUCUAAAUUUGUUUCUUUCACAACUUUAAAAUUUGCACUAUUUUUUUAAGUCUAUUUUGUGACUUGAGGGAAUUUUUUUAAUUUGAAACCUUCAGUACUUGUUAUCAAUAAUUUUGUGGUAGGAGAACUGAUUGGUGUAUUUAACUUCGAAAAUGUAUGAUCAUUGUUUUGUUUUACUGAGUUAAAAUGCGAGAAUCAUUGAGUAAUUUAAGUUUCUUUACUGCGAAGUCACUGGUUUGCCUUCAAAACCUGAUUUCCUGAAUUUUUUUGUACAAGAAGUAUCCUUAUCUUCAGUUUUAUGACUGAAAAAUCGAUUUUGAUCGUCUCACCUAAAAAUGCAAGUUAAUACUCGAACAAAACAAGCGCCUUGACGGACGCUAUAAUUUUUGACCGUCAAACAGGGACUUCCCAGUCGUUAUUUUUAUUUCCAGUACAAAAAAGUACAGUGUUCUAUCUCCAACAGUAAACAAUAUUAACUAAGUAAUAACGUAAUAACUGUGGUCGCAUGAAUUUUGUUGCUUUGCAUUUACUCCUUUUGUUCUUUAAAUCGGAAAUUGAAGCACCUGAAACUAUGGUUCCCUUUUGGUCAAAAUAUUUUUGUUGUUAUUUUUUCUCUUGUAUGUAUUGUAUUCAUUAAACGUUUUACUGUAGUUAA